AUGAAAUUCCUCGCCAUUGCCACUCUCCUGGCCUCAGCCAGCGCUACCAUCGUCUAUCCCUACACCAGCGCGUCCUGCGGGGGCGAAACCGUCGGCAAGAUCACCUCCUGCGGCUGUACCAACAUGAGCCGCAACUACAAGAUCAAAGGGGCCAAACUCAACUUCCAAAAGGCCACCGCCAGCUUCUACAAGGGCAGAGAUUGCGAAGGCGUUCGCAUUUCCAAGGCCUCGGACCAGACUUGCGUUAAGCUUCCUGUUGGUUGGGAAUCCUUUGGGUCGGUGAGGAUUCAUGGGGGAACUUGCUGA